UAAACACUUCUCUCUCACACAACAAACAACUCAACAACAACAUCAUAAAUUGUUUCUUUUCUGUUUUUGAAACUGAAUUUUUCUCACCACCAUGACUGAUCACCAUGCAAGAACAACAGGCUCCUACUCCUAUGGAGGAUCACCCUAUGACACCCACACCUCCAGCCUCAGCCACCCUUCACGCCAAACAGUGAAGUUCAUAACAGCUGCUACAAUUGGUGUCACACUGGUGUUCUUGUCUGGACUCAUCCUUGUUGGAACUGUCAUAGGAUUAAUCAUUGCAACUCCUCUUCUUGUUAUCUUCAGUCCUAUCCUAGUUCCAGCUGCAAUAACACUGUCUCUCAUUGCUGGUGGGUUUGUGUUCUCUGGUGGUUGUGGUGUGGCUGCUAUAGCUGCAUUGUCAUGGAUUUACAACUACGUCUCGGGUAAUCGUCCCGCUGGUAGUGAUAAUCUUGAUUAUGCUAAAGGGUAUAUUACUGAUAAGGCUAGAGAAGUGAAGGAAAAAGCUAAGGAUUAUGGAAAUUAUGCUCAGGCUAGAGCACAAGAAGCCGCACAAGGAGGAACUGGAAAUUAUGGUCAGGCUAGAGCACAAGAAGGCACACAAGGAACUUAUUAGUAAAAUCAUAAGCUGUGUAUUGCUUUCACUUUUUCUCCAUUUGCAUGUUCUGUUCACUCAUUGUCACCACUUCUGUUUAGUUUCUUGUUUGUGUGUUGUGUGUCUGUGUUGUUCAAUCUGGUUUGUAAGUUAAAUAUUUCGCUUUAUUUAUGUAAGCAUUAUGUUAGUAAAUAAAUUUGUCUCUAUUUUGUAGCCUACAA